AUGGCCGAUUCACCCGGGGAUCAGCUACAUGCCGAUCAGUCUAUCAGCACAUUUACCUCUGCCUUGUGGUUCAAUGCUGCAGUGGCUGGUGGAUACUUUACUGCCUUUUUGGUUCUACGUCGUUAUCGUCCACGCGUGUAUAAGCCUCGCACGUUCCUUGUUGAGAAAAAUCGACAACCUCCACCUAUCGAUGAUGGAUUAUUGACAUGGAUAUGGACCAUAUUACGGAUACCAGACAAGGAUGUGCUUCAAGCAAUUGGAUUGGAUCGAUUCAUGGUGUUACGAUUUCUACGCAUGGCCAUUGUUACCUUUGUAUCCUUCUCCCUCCUUGCAGUGCCAAUCUUGAUACCCAUCAAUCUCGUCGACCAACGUGAUAGCGAAGGAUUGAAUCGGCUCACAAUGGGUAACGUCAAGGAUCCUGAACGUACCUGGGCACAUUUAGUAUUAUCCGUGGUGCUCUCUGUGGGUAUUAUUUAUUAUACUUAUCGAGAAACACGCACCUUCUUGGUCCUUCGACGUCAAUAUCUAUUGAGCCCUGAAUAUGCCACCUCCGUCACAGCACGCACUCUUUACGUCCCAUCAAUUCCAGGCAGUGUCAACAAUGUCAAGGCCUUGACCAAGAUCUUUAGUCGUUUUCCAGGAGGUGUACGACGUAUAUGGUUGACUAGAAACAUGAAGGAUUUGCCCGACACAGUGGUUGAACGACAAGCGCAUGUUGCCAAUCUCGAGAAAGCAAUGACGACAACGAUAUCAGCAUGUUACAAAUACUAUGCCAAAAAGGGACGUCAAGGGGAACUUGAAAGUGGACCCAAAUCACUCAUCCCGGAGAAGCUUCGACCUACGCAUCGAGUAUCACCGCUUCCGCUACCUUUUUCAUUGCCCCUGGUGGGACGUAAAGUGGAUUCGAUCGAUUAUUAUCACGAGCAGAUCCACGAGCUCAAUGAAAAGAUUUUACGUGCGCAACGAUCACCCGAGUCUUAUUCCCAAUUAUCAUCAGCAUUCAUUGAAUUCAAUCAACAAAUCGCUGCUCACAUGGCUGCUCAGUGUGUGAUUCAUUCCAAGGAAUUGCAAAUGGCUCCUCGCUUUGUACAAAUCUCGCCCACAGACAUCAUUUGGGACAAUAUGAAUAUCAAAUCACUCGAACGAUUGGGUCGAAGAGUCAUUAGUUGGUCUCUCACUACAGCUAUUGUCAUCUUUUGGGCUAUUCCAAUUACGUUUGUACAAGCUGUAUCCAAUAUCCAAUCACUCGCCAAGGUGCUUCCAUUUCUCACCGUGCUAGAAGAUCUCCCUACUACAGUCGUGGGUAUCAUCCAAGGUAUCUUUCCUGCUAUUGCAUUGGCUAUCCUCGUUGCCUUGGUCCCUAUCAUUUUUCGAUUCCUUUCGGUUCAAGAGGGCAUUCCUCAGAAUUCAAUGGUGGAUCUUUCGCUUCUUCACAAGUACUUUUUUUUCCUCUUUGUGGAUGUGGUUCUUGUUUCAACCAUUGCUGGUGGUGCCAUCAAUACAUUUGUCGCUAUUAAGGAGAAUCCAUUGAGCGUCGUCAACAUGUUGGCUGAGACGUUACCCAAGGCGAGCACUUUCUUUAUCACCUAUGUUAUGCUUCAAUCCUUCACUUCGGGUUCAUCCAUGCUGCAACUGGUGCCAUUGAUCCUUUCCUAUGUGCUUCCAUUCCUAUCGACUACACCUCGGGAUAUCUAUAUUCGCAAGGGAAAAUGCCCCAAUAUUCAAUUGGGUACUUUGAUUCCUACGCAUACGGUGAUCUUUGUCCUUGGCAUUGAAUACUCUGUGAUUGCGCCCCUGAUCUUGCCAUUCGUAUGCCUCUAUUUCAUCUUUCAGUACUUUGUGUACCUGUACCAAUUCUUGUUUGUAUACGAGAUGGGCUACGAAUCUGGAGGCCUGGCAUUUCCUCGAGCCAUUCGUCACGUGUACAUUGGCAUGUUUACUUGGCAACUUACAAUGAUUGGUUUAUUUGCUGUACAAAAGGCAUUACCACAAAUGAUCAUCAUGAUUAUCACCCUGGUGGUGAGCUGCUCAGCACUUGCACUCUACGACAUGUCCUUCAAGCCGCUGUUCAAGUAUCUACCCGUACAUGAGGAUGAAAAGGAGAUGAAAAAGAUUGUUUCAAAGACUGGGUCUGCUGGUGGUGCUGAAGCUGCUGCCAAUGCUUGCACAUUCGAUGACGACAAGCGCAUCCUUACAGAACCUGACAAGGAAGAUGAAAGUGAUCAAGACCAUGAUGAUGAUGGCGUGGCAUUUGAAGAUGAUGAUUAUGAUGAUUACGACAUGGCAUCGGUACAAAGUGGACAACAACAAUAUCAAUUACGCCGUCGAAAACGUCGUGAAUCGGAAGCAACGGCUGUGGUGGUGGAUGCUUAUCAUGCACGUGACACUUUACGUAAACGUAUCCGAGAACAAAUGCGACAUUCAACCCAAUCUAUUGCGAACAAUACCAGCUUUGCAGUUAGUUCGGCCCGUCUCAUGUUCCAUGUCGAGUCCUAUAUGCAUCCAUCACUUUAUCGCAUGCAACCCACUGUAUGGUUACCCGAAGAUGACUUUGGUAUUGCACGCUAUGAAAUGGAGCAGCUAAAGAAAUUGGAUAUCCGUACGAGUUGUGAAGGUGUCAAAGCCAUGCAUCGUGGCAAACGUGGACAAAAGACCAAGAUUGUUGUGGAUGAAUCACUUAUCAUUGAUGGUGGUAAAGGUGUUCCUGGUGAAGUCCCAUCCCAAAAUGAAAACUCUCGCAUCAACGACUAUGUGCGCCAUGUACAAGACAGUUACAACGUCAUCGAGGCCCUUGCACUCACCAUUUAA